UAAUUGUACUAUGGAGAAAGCCACCUUUCUCUUUUUACUAGGACUAGGAGUAGUUAGCUUUUAUGAAGCUGAUGCAAUAUGUUCGAUAUCUUGUAGCUGGAUUGGAAAAACCUUCAUCAGAAUAGAAGAUAAUGCCAACUUCAAGUUCUCAUGUGAAGAUACUUCUACAUACACGAUGUCCUUGGGAAACGGCAAGAGUUCAACGGAACAAUGCGUGUGGUUGUCGGGUGCAUUUUUGGUCGUAAGGAGGAACCAACAUGAAUACAGAUGCUGGAAGAUAACACAUGAUGAUAAUGUCCAUGUAUCUACUUUUGUAACGCCAUGGCGAUUUUUUAAGCAGCCACCGGCAACAAUAUGUGACGUCUGUGGUGGAUUUCAGAAGAAAGCAAUAAUUCAUUUUGUUCAAGGAAGUAAACCAAACAAACACACGAUUGAACGUCUGAGCAGGGGACGUAUUGGUUGCAAUAGACCAAAACAUUGCCCGAUCGUCAAUCCUCAUGUGGAUUGUCCUUGUCAAGGAUGUGAAAAUCCACAAAAUGAGGAAGGAAUGUGCUGUCCUCAGUGCCAGAAAUCAUACGGCUCAUUAUUUUAUGGACACUAGGUGUCAAGGAGAGA